AUGUUUCACCAGCAAAGCUUCAACAAACUACAACCCUGGACUUCCUCUAGAUCUGUGCCAUGGGAUGCUCGCGGCCGUUGCUACAGGGCUUCGACAGAAUCCGACAUGGCGGACCUGGAGGACAUCGACAACUUGGACGGCUCGCCUAAGGCAGAGUACGUGGACAUGGCUGCCAGACACUCCUGGCAAGACCUGGAACUGAGUUAUGUCAAGAAUCCGGCUGCCCCUUCCAAUGGGAACUCGGUGAGGGUUCCGCUGGUGGACUCGCAGCCACAGGAGGAGGUCAUCGACCUCAGCCACACAUGCUACAACCUGAUCUUCGUCAGCGGGAGGGCAAGUGUGCUUGCUCCCAUGCUCGCAGUCGCUGUUGGGCAAUUCGGCAUGCUUUGGAUCGUGGGCUGGACAUCUCCCGAGUACUUCUUCGAGAGUGGCCAGUGGGUAGUUCCGAUAUCGGACUACUGGUCUGUGAAUGCGAUGAAGUGCCUGUCCAUGCUCCUGACCCUCUUCAGAGUCAGUGGGGAGUUUAAGGAUGCUGCCAAGCUGUACCGCGUUCUCGCACACCGGCCAGCUGUCCAAAUGACCAUGCAGCAGCGAUUCCUGGGCUUUGGUGCAUUCAUCCUGCAAUACCUCGUGGCUGUGGUCGUGCUGCUGAUGGCAAUUCAACUCAUUCUGGCUAGCACGACGCCCAUUGCCACCAUCGGCAAAUUGUGGGUUGUUUUCACUACACUGGAUUUCGACAAUUACCUUUGCAACUUCAUCCUCUUCAUCUUUGACUGCGAGCACGCUUUCACUUGGGAGGCAAGGCUCCAGCGCCGGUCGGCGCGACGGCUGGGCGGCGAACCCCUCAGGACCUGGCUCCUGAUCUACUGGGCUCCCGUCGGCGUAGCACUCGCUUGCGUCUGUGUGUCGGUUUACUUCAACAUUUGCCCCCUGACGGCCGUGCAUUACGGAGCUGUCAGGAAUCAGGAGCCUGUGCUGAUGCUCACCUCGAACAUGGGCCUCCCUCAGAGCUGCUGCGCCCCUCAGGUGAUUGUUCCGGAGUCAGAUUCCCUGGCACUGGACCAGUCUGCUGGAGUGCAGGUUAGUGUGCCCUGCGUGAGUCCGGGCGAAGUUGGAACAGGCAGCCGCCGGCCACCUCGACUCUACUACGUAGUCGUUCCGGAUGGGCGCCCGAGUCCUUCCAGCCUCCAGGUCAUGGAAGGCCGUGGUGGUGAUGGAAACCGUGGGCUUCGGUACGGUCAUGCGGAGGCAACGCCCUUGCAGAUGCGCUGGUGGCUCACCAGCCACGGUUUCGCUCCAGCCGUCUACGAGGCCAUGCGGAAAAGCGGUGCCGGCGGCCUCGGGCUGUACCAGAACACCUUCCCAAACCUUGCAGAGUGGACCAUCGGCGACUUUCCAUGGAUGGCCAGGGCUCGCAUCUUCGUCACUGCUGUGAACCAAGACACAGGCGCGCUCAGUCCGUCGCCGGUGCAGUCGGCUGUGAUCAUGCGCAAAGUCUGCUCCGCCCACUGCCUCAGGUGCGACUCCGAAGGAGCGUGCCUGGCCUGUGACAGUGGCUACGUGCUGGAAGAACGCGAGCAAGACCAACACCAGGCGCUUGCGACAGGGCACAAGUUCCGGGUUUGCCUGCCCUGUGGUGACGGAUGUGCACAGUGCCACAAGUCAGGCCCUGGGCGUUGCGAUGAAGGGAAAUGCGUCCUAGGGCGUGGGCUUUCGUUGACCGGCCAGUGUGUUCCAUGUGCUGGAAGCAUCUGCUCGGGCUGCGACGAGGAGGCCACAAGCCUGGGUGGUUCUGCCGCUGACAGUGUUGGAACUCCAACAGAGCUCCCUUGUCGUCGCUGCCCUGCCACCUUCGGCCUCACGAAAGACCGCCGGAGUUGCGAGCCAUGUCAAGUUCGCGGCUGCCGGCGAUGCGAUGCACUCCUGGACUUCUGCCAGGAAUGCGUGGAAGGCUCGACACUCAAGAACAGGAGCGAUGGCACCAGAAUUGUACAGGACUGCCUGAGCUGCGCCGAUCACUGUUCCAGGUGCGAGCUGCUGGGAGAAGGCCGCUGUGAUCCAGAGCGCUGCGACCAGGGCUUCAGCCUGACACCCACAGGAGUGUGCGCCCCCUGCUCCAUGCACUGCUCCAACUGCAGCAAAGCGGGACCAGGUCACUGCGACUCAGGAAGCUGCCGAGCUGGCUAUGGCCUGCAAGGAGGAACGGACUGCUCAAAGUGCCAAGUCGAAGGCUGUGACGUUUGCGACCUAUCCCUGGGUCGCUGUGACGUCUGCCGCGAGGGCUUCGGAUUAACACCGGACCGCAGCUGCGAGGCCUGCGCAACCGCCUGCAAACGUUGCACAGGGGCAGGUGUCUCUCCAGGCUGCGCAGAAUGCGUUCCAGGAUUUGGGCUGGAUGCGGGACGAUGCUUGGCUUGUGCAGAUCAGUGUGAGCGCUGUGCUGUCCGUGGGCCUGGUUUCUGCGACGAGGACUCUUGCAGUGUUGGCUGGGUUGUUCGGAAUGUCAGCGGCUCGGGCUACAUCUGCGUGCGCAACAAGAUGCCUCAUAGCCACGACUUCGGAUGA